AUGUCGUCGCACCACAUGCCCCAGCAUCUACAUCCUAGUGGGGCCUAUCAGUCUUCUUCAUCAGCAUCCUCUUCUUCGUCUCAACAUCAGUCUACCGCCCAACUAGAUCGGCUUCCUUCAAAUUCAUCGUCGAUUUCUCAAUCAACCACCACCACCACCAACUUAACCCCAUCCUCAUCAACGAAAAAAUCAAGAAGAAAGUCGAAUGCCGAGCUAGCGGCGCAGGCAGUGGCCAACGAACGUGACAUUCUAAGAAAUUUGAAAAGAGUAUCCAUCGGGGCUUCGACUUCACUAGGGUUUGAUCCAGACUUAGCUAGGGAUAACAACUUUGAAAAUUUUGUCAGCAAACAACAAAACAAAAGAUCCUCUAUAAUAUCAAAUGAUCCUACAGCAUCAGGCAGUAUCAGUAAUCGUGGUAAUAGAUCGAGCACCCAGUUUGGUGAUUCCACUACUAGUUUUAGUCGCACUGGAAGUUUGAGGUUGAAAAAUCGUGACAACUUACCCAACUUGUCAAGAAAAUCAAGUCUCACCAGCGGAAACUUAGGCCUGCCAUCCUCGGUCUCAACUGAUAAUGACUCUCAUAAUUCUGCAGUUCAACUAGAUACUUCGAAGUUAUUAUGGGUGCCUGCCACGUCUCAUCCUGGGAUCGCCCCAGAAAAUUUCAGAAAACAUGUCCAGUCAACAAUCACAGAAAUUACCGCCAACUUGUCCAUAUCAAAUGAUCUGCCAGCACCUGAGGAGAACAAUAGCUCGAUAACAUCAACUCCUGUUUCUUACAGUUCCGAGCAGUCUAUGCCUUCUUUGAGAGAACUUACUGACGAAUUAGAGAAAUUGAGUAAUAUCGCUGGAUUGGCCGCCACUGAUGCCGCAACAUUAGCCAGAACUUUAUCUACUUCAGCAUUAAGCUCUUAUUCCUCGAAUUCAGAUAUGAUAAGUGGUUAUGAUCUAGGAUAUGCCUCGGAUUCCAAUCUUGAUGGGUCUCCUUUACAUGUGGAUGGCACGAGACUGGAACAAAUCUCGCAAUCUGGCUCGUUCCAAGGCCAACAAAGGGUCAUAGAUCAAUCACCCAGUUCAAACUCAAUAUCGCGAUCUCAAUCAAAUACUUCUCCUCAAAAGGUGUUGUACACCUCGUCCAGGGUAUCAAGUCCAUCACGUAACAAUUCGUUAAGUGAUACCCCACAAGACAAUCCAGAAGGAUUGGACUCCCCUAUUGCUUUACCAGGAGGUGAUAUUAAAUUGAAAAGAUCUCGUUGGACUACAUACAGGAAAAAAACCAUCAAACGGAAUGAUUCUUCCUCAUCUACGUCUGCCCCAGGUAGCCCAUCUGCCGGAACCGAGUCAAAAGAGGCGUUGACAUCCCGUCGUAAACGGUCCCAAGAUUUGUCAAAACACCCAUUACCUAAGCUUCCAAACUUCAGUGGGGAUCAAGAACCUCAACAAAAUGCUUUGCCUGAGUUGACAGCUCAACAAAGGCAGAUGCUAGAGGAGGCCAAAAAGAAAGAUCAUUAUAACAAAUACCAGCAGCAGCAACAACAACAACAACAACAGCAACAACAACAACAACAACAACAACAACAACAACAACAACAACAACAACAACAACAACAACAACAACAACAACAACAACAACAACAACAACAACAACAACAACAACAACAACAACAACAAAGCCCUCAGAAAUCUCUGCAACAAAAGCAGGCAGGCCAUGAAAGUAGGGAAAGAGGCAGGGUGCAGCGUCGUGACGAAAGAGAAAGAUUGAAGAGUGAACGGCAGAAAAUCAAGAUGCAAAGGUUAGAAUUAGAAAAACAGCAAAAAAGAUUAGAAGAUAUGAAGAAUGAGCGGAAAAUGAGAGAAAGAGAUCAAUUUACCUCAAAAGAUAGAUCAGGGGAGGAUAAGGAUAUACCACCUAGAAGAAACUAUAAAGGCAUGCCAAAACAGGACCCCUCAAAUCCUUUGCUGAAAUCUCAGAACCAAUUUGAAAAUCAGCCAGUAUUAUCUCUGCACCAACCUCAGCAUCAACCUCAGCACCAACCUCAGCACCAACCUCAGCACCAACCUCAGCAUCAACUUCAGCCCCAAGGACAAGGACGAUUCAACGAGAACUUCAAUUAUCCUUCCCAUUCACAAUCUCAAAAUCAAGUCCAAGGUACCGGGGUGGCCCAGCUUCAACAACAGUCACAGCCUUAUCAAACACAAGGUAUUGGUAUUGGAAUUGGUAAUAGACGUGAUGCUGCAGGUAACGGAACUAGUAUUAAUCAUGGAAAUAAUAGUUAUGGGCAAGGAUAUGGAAAUAGCUCACCAAGACAACAACAAAAGCUCCAAGAGGCAGUGAAUAUUCAAUCUCGCAAUCAAAUGAAUCAACAAAAUCACCAAAUGGGUCGUCAAACAGCCGGUCACAAUGGCCGUAUGGAUGCUAAUGAACAACAAAAACAACAAACUCAACAGCAACAAAAGCAAGUUCAACAACAACAGCAAGAAAUUCAAUAUCAACAACAACAACAACAACAACAACAACAACAACAACAACAACAACAACAACAACAACAACUGCAGUCAUCAAGAAAAUACUCUAGUUCCGGUAAUUCUAACUCUUCUGAGAUAAAGAGGCUGGCGUCCACUUCCACCGGUGGAAGUAUUGGGUCAAUUAAAUUGAAGAAUACUCCAUCUUUACAUGAUGAUAAGUCACUGAUCACUAAAGAGAAGAAAAAGAAGAAUACUUUUGGCUCAUGGGGGCGGUCUAAGGAUAAGAAACCUUCGACUAGUAAUAGUAGUAGUGCAUCUCCUUCAGUGAACUCUUCCCCUUCGAAAUCUAAGUCGAGUUUUGAUCAGGACAUGGAUUCAGCAAUGAACCCUACUAGUUUUACCUCGGCUGAAAGAUCUUCGUCUGAACUCAACUCUACUGCCAUCAUUGAAGAUGCCAGCGAGCAACAAGAGGAUAAGAAAAAGGUAUUUGGAUUGUUCAAGAAAAAAUCUUUCAAAAACUUGAAGGAUAAGUCCAGUACUGUGAAUAAUCAUCCAAGUUCUAAUGAACCAUUGCCAGUGAAUGGAAGACAACAAAUAUCAGCAGCCAAGAGUAGUAAAAAUAAUGAUUUUUCUAAUGAUUCAAACAAUAAUGCUAGUAACGGUUAUAAUGGAGUAAACAAUAACAAUAGUAUGGGUGAUAAUGGCCACAACAACUACAACUAUGGUAAUUUCAAUAAUAGUGGUUAUAAUCAUGAUGACACUCAAGUUCAAUCUAUAGAUGGUAAAAUUGGUAGUAGUAGUAAUGCUGGUGGACAGAGCUCCUUGUACGGAUAUAGUGGAAACAGUGCAGGAGGUAGCACUGUGGCCGGAAACAACAUGGGAGUCAAUAGUUUGGGAAUUCAUCAACAACAGCAGCAGCAGCAACAGCAGCAACGCAACCAACAGCCACAUCAACAAAUGGAAAUGCAAAGAGAGCAAGGAUCAGGGAUUUUUGGUAAUACUGGAGCAGAUCAAAGCUUGGGUGAAGCCAAUGAGUCUGCUGGUUACAGACAUUAUGGCAAUAACCCUGAAGCGACGGACAAUAACUCUGAAAGAUUUGGUGGCGGGCAUAGUUAUGUUAAUGACAAGUCGUUUAAUUAUUCAGAGUUUGAGAAUAAUGAGAAAUCGAAUUCUGGAACUUUGGAAUCAGAUCCAAUAGAAUUACAAAGAAGUGGCAUCGUCGAAGGAAGAACUAACGAGGAUUCUGCUAAUGAAUUUUUCUCUGAUUCUCAACUUACUGCUUCGAACAAGAUGGAUUUAAUCUCAUCUUUAGUAUCGGCUGAUAUGUCAACUUAUGAGAAACUUCAAGUAUUUAAACGUCUUAAUAACUAUCCAACUAAACCAAAUCAACCAGUACAAUAUACUGAUUCUGCCUUUGGAUUCCCAUUGCCACCUUUGACCCAUUCGACCAUUAUUAUGUUGGACCACCGGUUCCCAAUGAAUGUUGAGCGAGCAAUUUACCGUCUUUCCCAUUUGAAAUUGGCCAACCCUAAGAGAGAAUUGCGUCAACAAGUCUUAUUGUCAAACUUUAUGUACGCUUACUUGAACUUGGUCAACCACACUUUGUUAUUACAGAAUAUGGAAGAAGGAGGAGGUGACCCACUUGAAGGUGGACAGUUAGAAUUAGAAGGAAGAGAGCAAGAAGAAUUUCCAGUAGCUCUGGAAAGUGAAACUGACAUGAUAUAUAAUUGA